UAAAAGCAAAGACAGCGCACUGGAAAAUAUGUAGUUGAAAGUACCGUUUGUUAAACUUUUGUUUACUGUGUUAACAAUUAUGCAAAUAGUUUGUGGUUGAUCGGGUCGCUGUCGAACCCGAUAAUUUUUGCACAUACUAAAGUCCGCAACCGCUUAAUAUGGACUGAAGAUACGUAACAAAUACGGUACUUCUACGAAAUGCCCAAAACCGCUACUCAGGUAGAUGCAGCGUUGCACAUCCCGGCUUUAAUUCAACUGCGAUGUAUUAUUUGUUUGAGGAAAUUACCAACGGUUUACAAAAGCCGCUGAAAUGUUCGUCCACUUUCAUCGCAUAUGUACUGUGUGGGAAAUCUGACGAAUCCACCGUAAAACAUCGCUGACUAUUAGCCCAAAAAAUGGAGAUUGCGUUUCUGUUGUCCAGGGAAGCAUCGGUCUGGAUUAUAUGCCUUGCGAUGAUUAUCACGCUUGCUGAAUGCCACAAACUUGAAGCAGAAACCAUGGACAACAAGAUAGCGGAAAUGUUUGUCCGAGAAGGGGAACCCUUUACGUUGACCACUCGCGGCUUCAUUCACCCGGUACAAUGGUAUAUACAUGGAAAGGAAUUAAGCCUAUGGCGGCAAUCGAACCAACAGGAGUAUCUGGCGCUGAAUGUGAGCACAAAGUGGAAUAGCGCAACUGGUGAAAAUUUCUUGCAUGUUGUAAAUGCGAUUCCGAAAAUACAUAGCGGCAAUUACUCCUGUAACCGACCAAAUCAUUACCCGGAUGGAGUUGCUAAGCGAAUCUCCGUAAUUGUGAAAGUGCGUUCAGUAAAGGAAGAAGCAAUGGCGAAAAACACCAGAAUGGCAGCAUUCGCCGCGUCGGCUAUUUGGUCAACCAAGCGUCCUGCUUCACUAAGCUUUAUUUCUAUGGAUUCAGUUGGAGAGAUAUCGUACGAUUACUACUCGAAUUCAAUUGUGCCACGCCCGCAGUCGGCGCCGAGAGGCACAAGAUUUACCAUGUCUUGCGCGCCCGAGGGUCACCCUCAGUAUCCAUCGGUACACUGGGACAAAGAUGGCAGAAAUCUGCGCGAAUGGAAAAACGCGAGAGUGCACCUAUCUGACAAGGAUUCGCUUCUAUCCAUUGAUAAUGUUACCUGCUCCGACAUGGGGAAUUAUACCUGCAAGGUGAACACGUCACGCGGAUUUCUUUACGAGACACGACAGCUCACCGUUCUGUUAGGCUUUAGCAGAGAGACGGAGAUAGACCAGCAUCCAACGUGCGAAAAGGAUCCUAGCGUAAACAGCAGCACAUACGUCGUAGUCGGCCGCAACGGUCAGCUGCGGUGCAGCCAAAUGGCAGGGCACGCUGAUUUUUACACAAAGCGAAAAUGGGAAAAGCGUACAGUUAACCCUUCUCCAAACUGUACCCAUCCAGGACCGAUCUAUCACACUGUUCAGGACUGGAGAUUCGGCAUGUCCGGUGAAUUUUUCGACAUCCAAGACGCUACUCCGGAGCAUGCUGGCGUAUACCGCUGUGUGGCUAAUGAAACGGGCCAAACAUCGUCACCGGUCAGAUUGCCCCACGAAUUACUGUAUUGUCUUAUUGUGCUCCCAGCAACGGAGAGUGCGUCGGCAUGGACGCUUCCAGUAAUAUUCGCUUUACUGACUGUGCUGGUAGUCGUCUUGGGGGCCUUCUUGGUACGCUUUGUAUAUCGUCGCAUCAAGCGCUCUCCCAGACAGCAUGUGGUGGUUGGUCCAGUGCGAACGAUGGUAGAGAACAGAGACUACCUACCUGUGUGUCCAGAUACGCCAGUUUCCAUACGGGUCUCCGAGGAGACUUCCGAGACUUCAAAAGAGUCAGACAGCGAUUCUGACCAAUCACACGAAAAAGAGGAACUCUUGUCUGAGCAGACGAAUCCAACUACACGUGUCCGUGUAAAGUAUGGCCGCUUCAAUAGUCAGGUAGACGUGCAUCCCGGCACCGACUUGUGGAUCGCACCAGAAGAUGUACUACUUACCCAAAAACAGCUCGGCAGAGGAGCUCAUAGUGUUGUUUGGGAAGCGAUAGUGAAGUCAGCUGGUCACCAAGCAGUGGAAGCUGCCGCAAAGCAUCUGAAAGAUAAUGAAGCCGAAGAACAAGAUCUGCUGGAUAUAAUAAAGGAGUGCCGCUUAAUGCAGACCAUCAAUUCACACGAAAACAUCUUAAAAUACCUUGGAUUCACUAUCAUUCGCAAGAAAUUUUGCUUGUUAACGGAAUACGCAUCAAACGGAAACCUUAAAAGCUAUCUUCGACAACACCAGAACGAUGUUAACCUUUGGAAUUACGAGAAACCGUUGAAUCAGGAUUCAAUAUCAGCAGAUGACCUUUUAAAUUUCUCAUGGCAGAUAGCAAAGGGAAUGAAUUAUCUCUCUGAAAUAAAAAGGGUCGUACAUCGUGAUUUGGCUGCGCGCAAUGUCCUGGUCAACGGCCAGAAGAUUUUGAAAAUCUCAGAUUUCGGACUGUCCCGACCUGUUGUUGAAAGGGAUUAUUAUCGCUGGCAGCACCAGCGUAAGCUACCGGUCAAAUGGAUGGCUCCGGAAUCGUUGAGCCAACCAAUUUACACUUUUAAAAGCGAUGUCGUCGUAACGGCAUCCUCCACACAAAACUCUAUACGGAUUAGGUGGUCGUUUGGGAUUGUUCUUUGGGAAAUUGCAACAUUUGGAGAGGAACCAUAUCUUAGUUUAUUUUCCGAAGGGAAUAUUGUGGCAGAGAGCGGUGCAGAUAUGGUUAACAUUCUAAGCAACCACACUCGGUUACCACAACCUCCGCAUUGUUCUCCCGAAAUGUACAGUGUAAUGCAGUCCUGUUGGCUAUAUGAUGCAUCAAUGCGGCCGACCUUUACUGAAUUGGAACAGCAGUUUCAUACCCUGUGCAAUAAAGAUUCACACGGUCAUGCUUACGCUUUGCUCAACGGUGAAGCCGCGGGUAGGAGUGCCACAAGCAACCAGGAAUACGUCGAGAUCGUUCGCACAAGUUAGCCCGCCCGGACAAAAAAGAGGCGUUCUUCAUGAUAACAUUACUGUGUAUAUUAUUAUUGAAGUUUGUACUGUACUACAAAGCUGUACUUUCUCGUUAACCAAUAAACUGUAUUUGUGCAAACAAAAUAGUGCAUCAUACCAACACGAUUUGCUAUUUAACUUUGGCAAUUAUCUAUCUCUUUUACGCAUUUACCAUGGUCGACAAAAAAUAGCAAAGCAUAAUAAGCGAGGAUAAUACUGCGCGUAUGUAC